GUUGUACCGUAGUUAAACCAUCCUGACUCUGGUCUGCGUCCUGAUACUCUCAUAUGCUUCUUCCUACAGCAAUUAGUUCAGGUUUCCAACAAGUGGAUUGAGUUGGAUAAAGGAAUAGUGGAGGAACCUGAAGGUGGAAGAGUUGAGAGUAUGGUAGAGGGUGUAUUUCUGCAGUCUGGAGUCACCAACUCAAUACUCAAUACAAUGGAACUAUUGAACCUGGGAUCAAGUUCAGAUCAUCUUCAAGUGUUGGAGGCUCUCAAUCUAACUUACAGUGGUUUGAGGGACCUGGAGACAAGUUUUACUUGUAUAAUCCUUCCAGAAGGGAUUAAAAAGAAUCUUCAAGGAGAACCAUCCGUCCUAGAGGUUUGCAAGAAUAUUCUGAACAUUAUCUCAACCAGUGGUGUACCCUUAGAGGAGAUUAAACAUGAACUCAGAUUGCAUACAAGAUGCAUGAUGCUUGGCAUGGAAUCCCCUCACACUGCUACGGUUCAACUAGUUCAUGAGAUUAGAAAGAGCUACACUAGGCUGCUCUCAGCUGCAGUAACGGCUGACAACAUGUCAACUGGACAGAUGCUGUUGUGUGCCAUCAACACGCUGUUUGACAAGGUGGACUACGCCAUGGUAAAGCUAAGGGAGAGGGUUAUAUCCUGCUCCUCUACUCCAGAAUACAGUAACUUUAAUACCAUCCUUGCUGCUCAGGAGAUCAGUACUGCUGCCUUCAACACUACUCCUGGUGUCUGGGAAUCCAUGGCUCUGAACCUUUUCAUCUCGAAGUUGGAAUUAAUGGAGACAUUUUUCAAUCUUAGUCUAUCCUUUUCCUCCAUAUUUAACCUGAAUAGUAUAGGAAGCCUACUCCCUCUUGGGCAAGCUCUUCUCAAACCUGUUAAAAAGUUCAUUCUGGAUUUCGUCAAGGGCUUCUUGGUGGGCACUGGACCUCGGCAUCUUACUUGUGCAAUUGCGCAUUUUGCACAACACAGUUCGGCAAGUGCUACAACCAAGUUUCUUAGUUCAAGCGCUGGUAAACUUGACGUCGGUGAUCUAGCCCAGGCGGUCUACGAUGAAAAACUUGGUAAUGGUUACCUCAACCAGGCCCGGAUUGCUAAGAUGACUGUGAUGAGUAAAAGCAUGAUGAAUGCUAUUCAACGAUGGGAAAUGAUUCAGCAGCUUGAGACAGCUGUCGAGCGAAUGAAUGCUCAGCAAAAGCUGAAUUGUCUACUUCAUGCUUCACUUCAAUGGUAUUUCCAGGAGUUGCUGUCGGUCAAUGUUAAAGCUGCUGAACCCUCCAGGGUCAAGUUUCUACCUGGAAUAACUGGAAGAACAGCCAGAGUGUUAAAGUACCAAGCCGAGCUACAGGAGCUAAGUGAAACCUUUGUUGAUCUGAAAGGAGGUGUAGAUCAACGGUUGAAGUGGGCGGUUGGAGCUAAUCCUCAACUUCAAGAAGUUGUUGAACAGUUUAGUUCUCAACACUCGGCACAAGUAGAAAAUAUUCGGCUAGCAGGACUGCUUGUCAAGGGCGUAACAGGAAUUGUGCAUGCUGCAGUGCAAUACGAGCUUCUAAGAAUUAAAACUCCAGAAGCGCAGGCGAGUGAUCACCAAUUUUUGAAAAUUCUGUCCAUGGCGCGAGAAAGCGCAGGACUGAACGCGCUUCAGAGAAGCUCUGGGCUUAGCGAGGAUGAGAUGAGUUUGCUGGACAUGAACCCGCCGCUGGAGGGAGUUGACAAGUUUUGGAUCAAACAGACAGAGGAGAUCAUCGCUAAAACUGUCAGGAGUAUUCAAGACCAAGUGACGAACACAAACAAACAAUGUAAUGUACUGCAGAAAAGGCUGUCAGAAUCAGCUUUAGCAAUAAAGGAUCUACUAACAGUGCAUCACAAGCUGAUGGCUGAUGUAGCAGUGCUACUAAGAACAAUACUGAAGAUUGAAAACCUUGAGUUUCCGGGAAUAUCUGUUUAUCUUUCCAGGUACAAAGAGUUUACUGAAGACAUGAACAAGCUUAUGAGAUCACUUUUAUCCGAUAAUGUGACGCAGGAGCUGGGAGACCUGUACGCGGGGGCUUUUGACAGGGUGAAGAGUAGGUUAAAUGAUGUUUACAACGAUCUUGUAAAUAUUGCUGGGAUGGCCAGGGAUGAAAACCUUGUACAGGAGUUGCUGAAGAACAGAAAGAUGAAGGAAGAAGAUCCCAAGAAAGAUGAUCAAGAAGUUGACGAUAAUUCAGCAGCAAAGAAGGUGGAAGAACGGAACAAGUUUGCUGUAAAUGUUCUGAAGCGUGUCCGCCUCAAGCUGGAAGGAAGAGAACCGGAUUCACUUCGCAAGUCCAGUGUAGCGGAGCAAGUUGAUUUUGUUAUACGUGAAUCCACAACCCCUGACAACUUGGCACUCAUGUAUGAAGGUUGGACAGCUUGGAUAUGAACAACAAUAUUGGAAUUACAAAAAGGAUUAAAACUUAUAAAGUGAGAGAUGACAAGCGCAAACCCAGUUGCAUGCCGCGGCAGAAUUUUUAAAUCAUUUUCUGUCGCUGACUAUUGAGGGGGGACCAAAGACGACAUUGUUUCAGCUGACACGUCCCUUGAUAAAGAUGGUGCGUUAAAAUUUGGUCAGCAGCGUACACUAUUCAACGCCCAGUUCGGUACGCUGUACAGUGUACAGUCAUGCUACGGUCCAACGUUCACAAUAAACCCCUCUCGCUUCAACCAUCUCUCGUUUUUGUAUUCCUUUCAUUUAUGUUGAAAUAUAUUUUGUUUGUUUUUUAAUUAAA